GCCCCGUUUCUAGGCACAAAAUCUAGGAGCAGAUGGAAGCACCCUUCGUCUAUUGACUGUCGCACAACUUGGCUUCGUGAUAAAUGAUACUCACUUUUGCAAAUGAAAGUGUGAUACGCCCACCAUUCAUCGAAUACUGCUCGGUAUAGAAACGCUCAUGGUCUGAUAUGCACAUCCUUGCCACUUCGAAGGAAUUCUUUGUAGUAACUUCUCACCGAUACGUUCGGCACAGAGUCACCUCGCCGUUUCGUUAUGGAAGAGAAAUUUCUAUAUGUUGGAGUUGUUUGUACUCUAGAUCUAUAAAGGGAUCAUUGAGAUUUGGAUAGUCAUUGAGAACAUCAUCUCAUCUGCCGAAAAAUGUCUUUCCAGUCCGUUCCCCCCUUCAACGGCGAGUACCGUAUCAAAGUCUUGGACUCGAACAAGUACGUCGAGUAUGACCCCGGCAAGGGAACUUGGAUCAGGCUAGCAGACCUCAAGACGUCCAGCGACAAGCAAAAGUUCAACAUAACACCUAUCAAAGGCAGCAGCAACUCUUAUUCGAUUAUCACCUGCUUUGAUGAUAACGGUUUAUACCGUUAUAAGACCUCGGAGACAUACUGGGGUUAUGGCUAUGUACGAGGCAAGGACUCAGGCUCUGCUCGCUGGACGUUCAUUCAAGGUACCCAAUCCGGCAAACAAUUCGUCAAAAUCAAGCUAGACAGUGAGGAUGACGUGUGGGAUAGCGACCCAUCUCUCAGCGAUGGAUGUAUUCAUUUCUACAGGGAUAAAUCUGAUCGUCCGAGCCAGAGAUUCGUCCUUCAAUUAGUUUGACAAUCAGGACCCUCUGUGACAGUCCGACGGAGCUCAGCGAUGUACCCUCAGUCAUCGUCGCCAAUCCUGGUCGAAUUCGCCCUCUCCUCUGAUUGUUGUCUAUACGUGUACUUGGCUAGAAAACCUGAACUCUGAAUUCCGAAGUGCUUUGUUGUCUGGGUGGUGAUUGUAAUAUAUACUGCAUGUACAU